AUGGCCGCCCGUCGGUCCUUGUCGAGGACCAUCCCCGCUCUCCGCUCCGCUCCCCGCACGCCAGUCACCACCCGAGUCGGCAGUGCUCGCUCUCUCAGCAUCACAUCCACCCCCGUAUCGCGUCUGUCUUCUCAAUCCCAGAUUUCUACACCCGCGGCGAUGUCUGCUGCCCGUCGACUACACGCCACGGCCAAACAGUUCACUCCGGCCACCACCUCGGCUGCGAGCACGGCCACGGAAUAUCCGACGGACCACACCCAGAUCUCCAACCCGAUCGAUACCGCCAACUUCAUCGACAAUGAGUUUGUCAGCUCUCAGGCCACGACUUGGAUCGACCUUCACGAUCCAGCCACGAACAACCUUGUCACCCGUGUGCCCCAGAGCACCGAUGAAGAGCUCAAGGCCGCCGUGCAAUCCGCCGAGAAGGCCUUCCCGGCCUGGCGAGCAACGAGCAUCAUGGCCCGACAGCAGAUCCUUUUCAAAUUCACCAAUCUGAUUCGAGCAAACUGGGACCGCUUGGCUGCGUCGAUCACUCUGGAGCAAGGUAAAACUUUUGCCGACGCCCGCGGUGAUGUUCUUCGUGGGUUGCAGGUCGCCGAGACGGCCUGCGGUAUCACUACCCAGAUGACCGGCGAAGUGCUCGAGGUGGCCAAGGACAUGGAGACUCGAAGCUAUCGCGAGCCUCUCGGCGUGGUGGCCGCUAUCUGCCCAUUCAACUUCCCCGCUAUGAUCCCGCUUUGGUGCAUCCCGAUCGCCACCGCGACUGGCAACUGUCUGGUCAUGAAGCCCUCCGAACGGGACCCCGGUGCGGCUAUGAUUCUCGCUGAGCUGGCUCGCGAGGCGGGCUUCCCGCCCGGUGUGAUCAACAUUGUUCACGGGGCCGCCCGCACGGUCGACUUCAUCCUGGAUGAGCCGGCCAUCAAGGCCAUCAGCUUCGUGGGGAGCAAUCGGGCAGGUGAGUAUAUCUACACCCGCGGUUCGGCCAAUGGCAAGCGCGUGCAGGCCAAUCUGGGCGCUAAGAACCACGCCGCGGUCCUGCCCGACUGCAACAAGAACCACGCCCUCAACGCCAUUGUCGGCGCUGCCUUUGGCGCUGCCGGUCAGCGUUGCAUGGCCCUGAGCACGGCCGUCAUGGUCGGCGAGACCAAGGAAUGGCUCCCUGAGAUCGCCGAGCGGGCCAAGGCGCUGAAUGUCAACGGUGGCUUUGAGGAGGGGGCCGAUCUCGGCCCCGUCAUCAGUCCCGAGAGCAAGAAGCGUAUCGUGGACCUCAUCGACAGCGCUGAGGCGGAGGGUGCGACCAUCCUGCUGGAUGGACGCAACUGCAAGCCGGAAAAGUAUCCCAACGGUAAUUUUGUCGGCCCAACCAUCAUCACCAAUGUGACCCCCAACAUGCGAUGCUACAAGGAGGAAAUCUUCGGACCGGUCCUCGUGUGCCUGAACGUCGAGACCCUCGAUGACGCCAUCAGCCUGAUCAACGCCAACGAGUACGGCAACGGUGCCGCCAUCUUCACCCGCUCGGGCUCCACCGCAUCGAAGUUCCAAAAGGACAUUGAAGCCGGCCAGCUGGGUAUCAACGUCCCCAUUCCCGUGCCACUGCCCAUGUUCUCUUUCACCGGUAACAAGAAGAGUAUUGCUGGUGGUGGUGCCAACACUUUCUACGGCAAGCCCGGCCUGCAAUUUUAUACUCAGCAGAAGACGGUGACUAGCUUCUGGAAGUCCGAGGAUGCAAUCAGCACCAAGGCUAGUGUUGUGAUGCCUACUCAUUCGUAA